AUGAGCUCCAACUUGAAUGAUGACUCAGGCAAUAUUGAUGCCAGCAACUAUUUAACCCCCAAUUAUGUGGGAAACAGCUCUGCCAAUGGUGACAACACCAAGAAGAAGAAACAAUUAUUUAUUGCUCAUAGAAGAUCACCUUCUGAACUCACUGCUUUAAUGGUUGAACAACUCAAUCUCCAACGUCAAGCAGAAAUCCAAAAACAAUUGGAAAUCGUGGAACAACAAAAACAACAACUUUUGGCUCAGCAGCAAAUGGCUCAAUUACAACCACCUACGUUCCUAACUUCCUCUUCUGCCAACUCUCCUCUGAAAAAUAAAAAAUCACACAGAAGAUCACAAUCUUCAAUUGCCUCAAUGGGGUCUAUGGGCUCGUUUAGCAUGCCAACCACCAUUGCAGUUCCACCACCACCUACUCCUCCACACAAUACUCAUCAACAUCAAGGAUCCUUUGGUAUCCAGUAUGGUGGUGCUGGCACUAAUUUCACUUAUGGCGCGGGAUCACAAACUCCUCCUCAAAACAAACAAUUUGCUCAUGGCCGUUCAGGCUCAGGCUCUCAGCACAACAUGGGACAUAAUAGAAGACAUUCGUUAGGUUUGCAAGAAGCCAAAAAAGCUGCUGCAGCGGCGCAGUCUCAAAGAAGUAUUGCUAGUGACUCUCCAGCCAAAGAUAACGGUGAACAUUCCCCUUCGACCCCGCCUGAUGCUAACAAGACCCCAGAAUUUGAACUUCCUAAGACCUUCAGUAAUUUAAACAUUACCCCAUCGCCUCACAAAAGCGCAUCUCCAAGAGAUUUUCAAUUUCCUCCCCAACCGGCACCUACUGUAUCCAGCUUAUUGCCUCCUCAACCAUCUUAUGGAGGAGGUAGCAACCAAGGAUCUCCUGCUCGUAAGAGCUACCAUGAAAGAAACUCGUCUGGCGGCAGUUAUUUGGGUAAAUCUCCUGCCAGAGGGCAUGAUAGAAAAGGUUCAGGACAUUACAGAACUAACAGUAGAACAAAAGAUAUGAAUUCCAAUUGGAGAAGUCAGCAGCAACCCCAAGUUCAAAACCAACGUUCUUUUGGUAAUUUGAAAGAAGCUGCUAAUAAUAGCAACUCUUACGACAUGGGUCUUGCUCCUCCUCCAGCGUUUACUCCUUCUCACAGACCAAAAAAUUCUUUUAGUGGAUCGAUUUCUUCAAUCAACACAAUUGCAUCUUAUGGAGGCUUCAAUAAUCCUCCUAAUGGUCAACAAAAUCAACAACAAAGAAAAUCAUUGUUUGCUCCAUACUUACCUCAAGCCAAUUUACCAGAUUUAAUUGCUGAAGGGCGAUUGGUUACUGGUACCUUGAGAGUCAAUAAGAAGAACCGUUCUGACGCCUACAUUUCCACAGAUGGGUUGUUGGAUGCUGAUAUUUUCAUUUGUGGCUCCAAGGAUAGAAACAGAGCGUUAGAAGGUGACCAGGUUGCCGUUGAAUUAUUAGUGGUUGAUGAAGUUUGGAAUUCUAAAAAAGAAAAAGAAGAAAAGAAAAGAAGAAAGGAUAAUACAGAAUCUUCUAAAGAAAAUCCAUCUAAUGGCGAUGCUAGUAAUGAUGCUAGUACUUCUCGCAAGGCUGAAAGCGGUGUUAGAAGAAGAGGGUCGUUGAAACAAAGACCAACUCAAAAGAAGAAUGACGAUUUGGAAGUUGAAGGUCAAUCCUUGUUGUUGGUUGAAGAAGAAGAAAUCAGUGAUGAAUUCAAACCAUUGUACGCUGGCCAUGUGGUGGCCGUUAUCGACAGAAUUCCUGGCCAAUUGUUUAGUGGUACUUUAGGUUUGGUUCGUCCAUCUCAACAAAAUAAGGAUGGCGGUAACUCAAAUCACAGACCAAAAAUCGUCUGGUUCAAGCCAAAUGAUAAAAAGGUUCCAUUAAUCGCCAUUCCAACCGAUCAAGCACCAAAAGAUUUUGUUGAGAACCAUGAAGCUUACGCAAAUAAAUUGUUUGUUGCCUCUAUCAAAAGAUGGCCAAUCACUUCUUUACAUCCAUUUGGUACCCUUGUUAGUCAAUUAGGCGUCAUUGAUGCAGCAGAAACUGAAAUCAAUUCUAUUUUGAGAGAUAAUAAUUUCUCAUGUGAUGAAUUCCCAGAAAAUUUCUCGAAAUUGUUGCAAUCUUAUGGUUCUAUUGAUGAACUUCCAAAAGAUUUCCAAUAUUUAACACAAUUGCCAAAAGAAUUAAACAUUGUUGAUAGAAAAGAUUUCACUAAUGAGUACGUUUUCGGGGUUUCUCCGACUGGUGCCGUUUGUGAUUCUUCAAUUCACAUCAAGAGAUUAUCGGAUGCUAAGAUUGAAAUUGGGGUCCAUAUUUCUGAUGUUUGUUACUUCAUUGAGAAUGGAUCAUUGUUGGACAAAAAAUUGAAAAAGAGAAAUGUGUCAGUUCAUUUAGCUCAAGGAGUCUCCAAGUAUUUGAUGCCAGAUCAUAUUAAUGAAUUGGUUUCUUUUAAGCCAGGGCAAAUCAAUGUGGCAAUCUCUACAAUUUUCCAGAUUGAUACUGACAGUUUUGAAAUUGAUGAUGUUUGGAUUGGUGAAAGUAUCGUCAAGCCAAAACAAGUUAUCACUUAUGAUGAGAUUGACAGUAUUUUGAACAAGGAUGUUGAAUUUGAUUUCACCAGCCAAACCAACGGUAAAAUCAUGUCAGCUACUGCUGAUUAUAUCAGAACUUUGCUGUUGAUUUCCAAGCAGUUCCGCAGCCAAAGAUUGAAUAGCACUUCCAUGGAGGUUGAGCCGGCUCUAACUUUAUUGAAUCAAUUUGAUGACGAAAGAGCUCGAUUAUCAUUGAAUAUUUUUGAAGAUAACAUGGCGUAUCCAAUAAUUCAGGAAAUUUUCCAUAAGGUUGAUGCCACAAUUGCCCAAAGAAUCUUUGCGAAAUUGGGUUCUAAAGCGUUCUUAAGAAGACAACAAUUACCAACUUUGUCCAAGUUUGAGACUUUUAUUCGUAAAGUUUCCAAUUUCAAUUUAUUGCUUGAUACCACUGAUGCUGCAUCUUUGCAGAAUUCCAUUGUUAACAUUAAGGAUGAUGUGAAGAGAAAAGCUGUGGAAACUUUAUUGAGCAAAUGUAUGAACAGAGGCAAGUAUUAUGUUGCUGGCAAAGUUGAUCCGGAAAAUUACGCUCAUUGGUUCUACAAUUUGCCAUUGUACACUCAUUUCACCGCUCCAACCUCCAGAUACGCUGACUUGAUUGUUCAUAGACAAUUGAAAUCGAUUCUCAAAAAUGAAGAAUAUACUGAGGACAUGGAUAACUUGAAAAUGGUUGCUGAGUAUUGUAAUUUCAAGAAAGAUAAUGCCCUAUCAGCCCAGCACCAGUCUAUUCAUUUAUUGUUGUGUCAAUCCGUUAAUGCGAUGUCCAUUAAGACUGGUCAAAUCUUGACCAUGGGUACCGUUAUUCAAACUUAUGAAUCGUCAUUUGAUGUGUUGAUUCCGGAAUUUGGCAUUGAAAAAAGAGUCCAUGGUGAUCAAUUGCCAUUGUUCAAGGCGGAAUUCGAUAAAUCGAAAAAAGUCUUGGAGUUGUACUGGGAAAAAGGAGUGGAUUCUGCAACUUAUGUUCCCCCAGAUGAAAAGCAGCCAUUGUCUUAUAGAUCAUCGAUCAAAAACAAGUUUAGAACUUCCUCACUUGAGGCGGCUAAGUAUCAAAAGAAGACCAAUUCCAAAUUGUUUGAAUCUGAAGAGUUAUUGGCCAAGUUGAAUCAAUUGGGUUUGACAGUUCCAAAGAUAUUGUCUCCUAACGAUAUUGCUGAUUCUCUUGAUGAUGGUACUUCUAAAUCUUUGGGUAUUGUUGAUGAUGAGGAUCCAAUGAAACCAUAUUUCAAACAAGUGGUCACCAGAGUGGAUGAAGCAAAGAAUUAUUAUAUUCAAGAAGUCCAUGAAUUGCAACAAAUUCCAAUUUUGUUAAGAUCUGAAAUUGGUAUGGCUAUUCCAUGUUUGACGGUGCGUACAUUGAAUCCAUUCGCUAACUUUUAA